CGCUGCCGUCAGUGGACUCGCACGCGUCGACGUCGCGAGGUUCCCUUGCAAGCUCUACUCUUUGCUCGAGAGCUCUCAUGCCUUCAACGCACACGGUGACUAUCGCUUCGAAAAACCCACAAUACUCAGCAACUAGGAACGGGGUCCAAGAACCUGUCAAUAUUCUCAAGGAAGAGACAGACAAAGUCUACGUUAGCUACAUAAAUCUGCAAAAAAGAUUCGACGAAUGGAUUCCAAGGUCAGAACUCCAUUCAAUUGCCCCCCAACCUGGUCCUUCGAACGUUGGAAAAACCGUGCCGCAAAAACGAAAACGAAGGACUGCAAAGUCGAAAAGCUCCGGGUCGCGCGGCCAUUCAGCGAACAGUGGCGAUGAAGGAACAGAAUCAGACGGUGGACAUGGUGUCGAUGGUCAGACUCAGGUCAUCAUGACUGAGGAGGAUUAUGACAUUCAACACCAUAAGGCGCAAAUCGGUGCGGUCAGAAAUUUUGAUAAGGUCCAUUUCGGGGAAUGGUUGAUUAGGACAUGGUAUUUCUCACCGUACCCUCUAACUGAGAACGAAGAUCCAGAGCCGGUUUCCACGUCCAGUUCGAGUGUUGCUCGUAUACCUGGCGUAUCGAGAGCACGCGCCGAAGACCUUUUCGCAGGUGGUUUACACAAAAGCCAUGGUCAACAUAGAUCCGUUCUAUGGGUAUGCGACAUGUGUUUCAAGUACAUGACGGAUGGCUUAUCCUGGGAGUCACACAAGAAAGUCUGUACGUUUACCCGCCCCCCAGGCCGAAAGGUCUACCAACGCGGAGCACACAUAAUCUGGGAAGUAGACGGAGCGAAGGCGAAGCUUUACUGUCAGAACCUUUCGUUGUUCGGAAAACUGUUCAUUGACAUAAAGACGCUUUACUUUGACCUCGACAACUUCAUGUUCUAUAUCCUCACAGACGCUGCACGACAAAAAGACCAUAUGAUGGGUUACUUUUGCAAGGAGAAGCAGUCUUUUGAUGAUUAUAACCUCGCAUGUAUCACAACACUACCCCCUUACCAGAGGCAAGGCUACGGGAUGCUAAUGAUCGAAUUUAGCUAUGAACUCUCUCGUCGUGCGGGUAGAAUUGGUACACCAGAACGACCACUUUCUGACUUGGGUUUGAGAAGUUAUGUGGCGUAUUGGAUAGCGACCUUGGUUCGCUUCUUCCGAAAACUACUUUCAGUUCUCCCUGCUGGCACCACUCGUAUUUUCUCCAACGGUAUUCCCCCGGACUUAGGUGGACGAAGCCGCGAAGGGUCAGAAGACGGUGUUUUAUCACCCUCAACCCAAAGGCGAAGGAGAAACAUCAAAGGUUGGGAGGGUGAAAUAGAUGAUGACGAUGGGGCGGAUCUGAUUGACAUCGACGAAUCCAUCAACUCCCUCCGCAAUUACGUGACCACCUCAAACCCAGACGGAAGCGCGUCCACACACCUACAAAUACAAUGCAGCCUUGCAGAUAUCUCCCGUGCCACUAAUUUACGGAUUGAAGAUGCUGCUUUUGCUUUGAACGAGAUGGGGAUGUUGAGGAAAUGGGGACAUGCUCCACCCCCUCGAAAGGUGGGAGGAUCGCAAAGUUCACGGUCAGGCCUGAGCCCACCCAUCAAGAAUGGAAAUAGCAAUGGAAGCACAAGGUCUGUCUCCGUUCUUGGCGGUAGUGCUGCUGCUGCUGGGGAUAUAGGAAAUGAGGGUGAUAAUGGCUAUGUCAUAAUCUUGACGAGAGAAAUGGUAGAGAAAGUGGUGGAAGAACGGCACGUUAAACCGCCUUGUAUGAAGAUGCAGUAUAUCUUACUUUGA